UGUGCAAUGGCUUGUAUACAUGUCACGAUGCUAACUGCGCUGCAGGUUUAAAGGCUCAGACAGCCAAACGUUGUGUCUUAAAUUAAAGGUACAUUAAUUCUCCAGAAGGCAGACAGGCUGGAUUUUAUCACACAUCAACCCGGAAGUGACAUUGAUACAGACCAGGCAGUGACGCAGACGUUUGGAUUGUGCAUCACUCUACUGAGGACGCCGCCAGAAGCAGGAAUAAAAACAAGGACAGCUGAGUGAAUCUUUUCAGCGUGUGGUUGAGCCUACAGCAUCCAAUAGAAGUACUCAUCCUACACUUGCUCCACUGGUAGCAGCUCACCUGAAGAUUCAGAGGAACCUGAAUCUAAAUCUGAAACAGUCGUCAGAGACAGUGGACCAUGACCUAGACAAAAUAAAACCGUGUUUCAGCAUUGCUGCUUAUGAGGCCUCUGACUCUGCUGCUGCUCUUCCAGCAGCUGAAAGGAUACCCACACCUCCACCUCACGUGACCCUCCCCUGUUCACUCUAAUUGAUUUCCCUGAGAUGCCCCGAACACAGAGCCAUUGCAGAAAAGAAAAAUACCUCAAGAGGAGAAAGGCAUUCAUGUCCUCAGUCAAGGGAGUUUCUCAUUUCUCCAGGCGAGCCAAGAGACGCUUGUAUUGUAAAUUACAGCUUUGGAUGUGGAGGAAGCGAAAGGAGAAAUGCAGUUUAGUUAUGUUCAAAGCAAGAAAAAGAGCUUGUGGGAUCAGUGCCGGACCCUGCCUCAGCAUUAAGACACAAUCACAGAAAAAUAAAGUCCCAGCUCUUGUGUCACCUCCUGGAUGUGAUACUGGAGGUUCAGAGGACACGCUGAGAGAGGAGAAUGGCCCGCUGAAUUCAUGUGAAUCUGUAACUCCGUCAGAAAUUGCUUCCAGUUCCUCACAGAACCUGGUUACGGACACAAAUAUUUCUGCGGGUAACGUCAGUCAAACGGUGCCUACAGUGACAGUGCCAUCAGAGAAAACGGAAACUUUGGAACAGCUCAGUGAAAUUACAGACCCUUUAAAACUUUCUGACACUGUCAAACCCCUGUUGACUUCAGACAGCGAUGCACAUGGCUUAACUGCACAUUUUAAAGAACGAAGGGUGACGGCACCAGCCCAGAGGGUGGAGGCUGACGGCCCAUCAGGACAUUGCACUGCUGUCACAGACCAGGCUACAAACAGAGACACUGCUGAGAGAAUCACCAGUAAAAAGACCUCUCAUACUGAUUUAAGUCUACUGACGAAAAACAUCCAUGAAUUUCUCGACGACUUCUACAGAACACAUGGAAGUUUCAUCCCAUUAAAAAAGAGCGACGUGUUGAGACAUCUGAGGAGGAGGUUUAACACUGAUUUCAGCGACAGGAAAAAUUACAUCUUCUCAGAGGUUACCAAAUAUGGAACUGCGAUCGUUCAGAAGCCUGUUCCCUCCUUCCAGGUGGUCUACAAGAAGCACACACUGACACUGGAUGACUUGUCCACACUAGCGGAUCAGAACUGGCUCAACGACCAGGUCAUGAAUAUGUAUGGAGAAUUGAUUAUGGAAUCUGCCUAUCACAAGGUCCAAUUCCUCAACAGCUUCUUCCACAGGCAGCUCAUGACUAAAGGAUAUGAUGGUGUUAAGAGAUGGACGAAGCAGGUGGAUUUGUUUUCUAAGAGGUUGCUUCUGGUGCCGAUCCACCUGGAGGUUCACUGGUGUCUGGUCACAGCUGACAUUGUCAAAAAGAAGAUCUGCCUUUAUGACUCUCAAGGGAACGCACUCCAGAAGGUUGCGAGGAACAUCCUGAAAUACUUGAUGACAGAAGCAAAGGAGAAGAAGCGAGCAGAUUUUGAACGAGGUUGGGCGGUGUCGUUCGAUGAGAAAAUCCCCCAACAGACCAAUGAAAAUGACUGCGGAGUUUUUGUCUUGGAGUAUUCAAGAUGCCUCGCUCUUGCGAAACCUCUGCAGUUUUCACAGAAGGACAUACCAAAGAUUCGCAAGAGGAUCUACAAAGAGCUCUGUGACUGUAAGCUCCACGAAUACGGCUGACGACGAUCUUACAGUUGUAUAUUUGUACUGUUUAUAAUUUGUGCUGCUUCUACUUUAUGUAGGAAAUCAGCAGUCUGCACUUGUCUCUGUUCAGGGCCUCAGCAGCAGCUCUAGAGCAGCCACAGCUGACCCCUGUAGGAGUGUCUUAUAUCAGGUGCACUGUUCAUGGUACAUCAUAAUCUUUGUACGAUUACUGUAUUUAUAUAAUGAAUAUUUAAACAGGCAUGUUAAUUAAGGAAACGUUCUUUAUAUCCCUGUUAGACCUUGACUUGGAGUUUACACAUCUACAGUGCCCCAACAGAGCCUUAUCGAAUGGACUACCUGUGGAAAUGGAUAUGAUCUGUCACAGUUCUCGUUGUGUUUAGGUGUUAGAAAUUUUCUAAUGAAUUAACACACUUCAUUUGCACAUUUUUUACGUCUCAUUUUGCUUUGUUUGAUAUUUGGUUGCCUCAGAGUUUACCUGUUAGAAUCUACAGAGCCCCCAAAAGGUGAUGUUUUUUGUUUUGUGUGACACAAGUUAAUUAUCUUCUGAGAACAAAAUAAUUAUCUUGUGCACAUGAGUUACUAUCAUUUGGGAACAAGUUAUUAUCUUAUGUGCACAAGUUAAUUAUCUUGUAUGAACAAGUUAUAAUCAUGUGGGAACAAGUUAAUUAUCUUAUGGGAACAAGUUAAUUAUCUUAUGGGAACAAGUUAUACAUUUCUGGUAACAAAUUAAUUAUCCUGUGCACAGGCGUUACUAUCAUUUGGCAACAAGUUAUUAUCUUGUGCGCACAAGUUAAUUAUCUUGUGGGAACAAGUUGGCUAUCUUGAGGGAAAGCGUUAUUUUGUGGGAACAAGUUAUUAUCUUAAGUGCACAAGUUAAUUAUCUUGUAGGAACAAGUUACAGUCGUGUGGAAACAUGUUAAUUAUCUUGUGGGAACAAGUUACAAUCGUGUAGGAACAAGUUAAUUAUCUUGUAGGAACAAGUUACGAUCGUGUGGGAACAAAUUAAUUAUCUUGUGGGAACAAGUUAUACAUUUCUGCAAACAAGUUAAUUAUCUUGUGCACACGUGUUCGUUUGGGAGCACAAGAUAAUUAUCGUGUUGGAACAAAUUAUAAUCAUUUGGAAACAAGUUUUUAUCUAGUACUUACAAGUUAAUUAUCUUGUGGGAACAAAUCAUUGUCUUGUGCUCACAAUGUAGUUAUCUUGUGGGAACAAGUUUUUAUCUUGUACUCACAAUGUAGUUAUCUUGUGGGAACAGUGUUGUUAUCUUGUGGGGUGGGAACAAGUUCUAACUUUCUUUCUACUUUAAGAUGUUAUUUUGUGUGCAUUAAUUGUUAUUUUGUUCCCACACAAUAAUAAACUUGUGCGCACAAAAAUUAAAAACAAACAUUUUUUGGGACUUGAGGGGCUCUGUAAGCACCAGAUGACUGAAUAGGAGCUAUAUGUAGUUUGUAAAGAAAGUUGUCACACUGGAAUUGGUGUCCAAGUAGUUAUUUUUGUUUGCAUUAUAAAUAUAUAUAUGUUGAAGUUUUAAAUAAAAAACAGACGGUCUCCAAACAUGUCACAGACUUUAUUUUAUGUUUGUAUUGUACAGAUUAGGUACUGUAUGCACCACAUGCAGAAUAGCCUUCAUCAGUUUAUAUCAGGAUACGUGCACAUUUGUAAAUACAUACUUUCCUACCUACUACUAUACUAUGACUUUUUUAUUACUUAUUAUCCUAUCACUUUAUUUAUGCCAACCAAUACUGUGACUUUUUGU